GGACCGCCUCGCUUCCAGGCUGGGCCACGGCGAGUGCUGAGCGGCCGCCGCGGAGGAGAGCCGCCCGAGAUGCCGAACAUCAAAAUCUUCAGCGGUAGCUCCCACCCAGACUUGUCGCAGAGGAUUGCUGACCGACUGGGCCUGGAGCUGGGCAAGGUGGUGACCAAGAAAUUCAGCAACCAGGAGACGUGUGUGGAAAUUGGUGAAAGUGUACGCGGAGAAGAUGUCUACAUUGUUCAGAGCGGCUGCGGUGAAAUAAAUGACAAUCUAAUGGAGCUCCUCGUCAUGAUUAACGCCUGCAAGAUUGCUUCAGCCAGCCGGGUCACUGCCGUCAUCCCAUGCUUCCCGUACGCCAGACAGGAUAAGAAGGAUAAGAGCCGAGCUCCAAUCUCAGCCAAGCUUGUUGCAAAUAUGCUGUCUGUAGCGGGUGCAGAUCAUAUUAUCACCAUGGAUCUACAUGCUUCUCAAAUUCAGGGCUUUUUUGAUAUCCCCGUGGACAAUUUAUAUGCAGAGCCAGCUGUCUUAAAGUGGAUUCGGGAGAAUAUCUCCGAAUGGAGGAAUUGCAUUAUUGUCUCGCCUGAUGCAGGUGGAGCCAAGAGGGUGACCUCCGUCGCAGACCAGUUGAAUGUGGACUUUGCCUUGAUUCACAAGGAACGGAAGAAGGCCAAUGAAGUGGACCGUAUGGUGCUGGUGGGAGACGUGAAGGACCGGGUGGCUAUCCUUGUGGAUGACAUGGCCGACACUUGUGGCACAAUCUGCCUUGCUGCUGACAAACUGCUCUCAGCUGGAGCUACCAGAGUUUAUGCCAUCUUGACUCAUGGCAUCUUUUCUGGCCCGGCCAUUUCUCGCAUCAACAGUGCAUGCUUUGAAGCCGUCGUGGUCACCAAUACCAUACCUCAGGAGGACAAGAUGAAGCACUGCUCCAAGAUACAGGUGAUCGACAUCUCCAUGAUCCUUGCCGAAGCCAUCAGGAGAACUCACAACGGGGAAUCUGUUUCCUACCUGUUUAGCCAUGUUCCUUUAUAAUAGAGUAACUUACUAAGCUUUAAAAAAAUAAGUCAACCUCACCCCUUGUUUUUUUCUUGGUAUUUGAUGACAAAUUCAUCAGAAGCCCAGCUUGUUCCAGGGCAAUAUUUUUUUUUUUGUAGUAUAUCCCAUACCCAUAUUAGGUAUAUUAGAAUUGACCCUGUAUUGGAGAGAGAUUGAGAUUUACUUCUGAGAUGUGCUGUGUUUUCUGGUUUCCUUGGUUAUUUAAUGAGCCUUGUAUGUUUGGCUUCUUCAGCCGUCUAGACGUUUUCCUGGCCAAGUGUCUCUUCUGUAGUUUUCUAUGGGGCCGACGACUUCUUGCUCCAUCACUGCUAGCAAUCAUAUUAGGUACCUGCUGUAGUGUCGUCGUUAACGUACUACUCUGCAGCAGCAGGUUUUAGGUGGUGUCAUAGUGCCUUUUGAUUAAGUGUUUAAAUUGUUUGGAUCCGCAUGGUAUCUCAAAUAAACUAAGAUUUCUGUUAAA